UGUAGUCCGGUAGUGCAGCAGUGUGGCUCUUCGUCUGACAGGAGGCAGCGUCGGCUAAAGGCUAAUCAAGAGAUCGGAACACAAUGGCCGCCAUGAUGCUGAACACGAUGCGCAGCUGCUCUCUCAGACCGGCCUGGGCCGUGAGGUUUGGUGUUCGAUCCCUCGGUACGACGACCCAGCUUCAUGCUCAAGUUCAGACAAAAAGCAAGAAGACACUUGCUCGCCCUGGUGUGAAGAACAUUGUCCUAGUGGAGGGAGUUCGAACCCCCUUCCUGUUGUCCGGUACCACAUACGCUGACCUCAUGCCCCAUGACUUGGCCAGAGCAGCUCUGCAGGGUCUCCUGGCCAAGACAGGUCUAUCCAAAGACGCUGUCGACUACAUCAUCUAUGGAACUGUGAUCCAGGAGGUCAAAACCAGCAAUGUAGCAAGAGAGGCGGCGCUCGGUGCCGGCUUCUCCGACAAGAUCCCGUCUCACACCGUCACCAUGGCGUGCAUCUCCUCCAACGUGGCAAUGACUACAGGUGUUGGUAUGAUUGCUGCAGGCCAGUGUGACUCGGUCGUAGCAGGGGGGGUGGAGUUCAUGUCUGAUGUUCCUAUUCGUCACAGCCGUAAGAUGAGGAAGACCAUGCUGUCCCUCAGCAGAGCGAAGACUCUCGGCCAGAGGCUCAGUCUGAUCGGAAGCAUCCGACUGGCUCACCUCUCACCAGAGCUUCCUGCUGUAGCCGAGUUCUCCACGGCUGAGACGAUGGGCCACAGUGCCGACCGUCUGGCGGCAGCGUUCGGCGUCACCAGACUGGAGCAGGAUGAGUUUGCACUGCGGUCACACACUUUGGCUAAGAAGGCCCAGGAUGAGGGUCUGCUGCAGGACGUGAUCUCCUUCAAAGUGCCAGGUCGUGACAUUGUUUCCAAGGACAACGGCAUCCGUCCAUCCUCCAUGGAGCAGCUGGGCAAGCUGAAGCCUGCUUUCAUUAAACCUCACGGCACAGUCACCGCUGCCAACUCUUCUUUCCUGACUGACGGAGCCUCUGCUGUGCUCAUCAUGUCUGAAGAGAAAGCUUUGGCUAUGGGUUACAAGCCUAAAGCCUACCUCAGAGACUUUGUCUACGUGUCCCAGGAUCCCAAAGAUCAGCUGCUUUUGGGGCCCGCGUACGGUACGCCUAAAGUCCUGGAACGCGCCGGCUUGUCCCUGAGUGACAUCGAUGUCUUCGAGUUCCACGAGGCUUUUGCAGGUCAGAUUAUGGCAAAUCUGAAGGCGAUGGACUCGGACUGGUUCGCCCAGACGUACAUGGGAAAGAAGUCGAAGGUGGGGACUCCACCCAUGGAGAAGUUCAACCUGUGGGGGGGCUCUCUGUCUCUGGGUCACCCGUUCGGCGCCACCGGCUGCAGGCUGGUCACCACCGUGGCCCACCGGCUGCAGAAGGAGGGGGGGCAGUACGGACUGGUGGCAGCUUGUGCUGCUGGAGGACUGGGUCAUGCCAUGGUGAUUGAGGCCUACCCCCAGUAAAGCACUUGAAGCGACACCUGUCAACCGAUCUUCACGUCCCUCGUGACGGCUACACACACACACACACUAACAUUCAGACUUUACAGUGUACAUACUAGCACCACAUUGCCUUGAUCUGGGAUGAGUCCGAUGCAGUAUGUGCGUGUGUGUGUAAUGACGCUUGUGUAAAUUAAAAACUUUGCUUAGAGGACGUUAAGUUAUAGCCGGAGGCGGCGGAGGGAUCUCGGGUUUUGUGGACUUCACGUCGGCGUCGCCACGGAGUCGAAUGUAACAUAGCAAAGUUUCAGAGGAACGACAGUGAUAAUGUUUAUAUAGGCUGUUAUAUUUUUUUUGUCAUACAAACUGUGGAGAUUAAAUCUUGUGAUGAUAACAACAACAACAACAA